GUCUCCUACCAUCAUGUACAAGCUGGCUUCCUGCUUCCUGUUGUUUAUAGGACUGCUACAGCCUCUGUUCUCUCUUCCCGUCAUCGGCUCCACGGAAGCACCCCUUCAGCUGCCAGCCCCGGAUGAAGAGGCGAGGCUGGCCCUGGAGAAGCUGGAAAGAGCGGCCCUCCUGCGGCUGUUGCCGGAGGUGCUCGGCGCAGGGAGGGGCGAGGGGCGCAAAGACACAGACCCUCAGGCGAACACCCUUCACCCAAGAGGAAACGUGAGAAAGACUUCCUCUGGACAAGAGCCUAACAUGCGACUCAGUCGUCUUUUGGCAAGCAGCAGAAACCAGCAGAGGCCGCACGGGGUGCCCUUGGAGUGUUUCUGGAAAUACUGUGUCUGAAGCCGGGUGGGCAGCGCCUUCUCCACCUCGGGACACCCACCUUAGACAACAGCAUGCAUGCCCGGCCGGAACCCAGAAAGCAGCGUGAGGAGACACGGGGCAAACCGCACCCUGCGCGCUGGCCGG